AUGUGUCUGGUUUUUAUCAUAAGAGUGUAUACCACUAGUGUGACAGAAUAUCCUUAUCGCGAGAGUUCUGGCGAAGCUUGCUUCGUUUGUGAGAGUGACCACAAUUUGGGGGACAUCGGAUCAUUGACGACCUCGGACUGUCCACGGUGCUCGCCGACCAUCACCCUUGACCUCUCUCAAGGUCAACGUGUUCUUGAGCACAUUGGGGCACACAUCCUAUAUGAUCCCGCGGUUAUUCAAUCAAUCGAGCCACUUUGCGGCCUAUGCCUCCGCCCAUUGCAACUUUGCCAGUUCUAUCUGGCGAAAGGAAAGGGCGCGAACGGAAAUUUGAGAAUUAAUCAAAAGACAUCGAAAGGGUGUCUCGUGAAGAUGAAGUACUCUUAUGGAAUAGCAGCAGAGUCCACUGCCUCCUCGCCUUGCUCCAACGUGCCCAUUCACUGCCCGAUUUGCCCCAACGCUGACCCUGCCAUCUGGAAGUAUUUUAUGAAGCUCCAUUUCAAAGAAAGGCACAAGACCUUGGAUCUUACGAAGUACAAGUACUUAUGGAAGCUCUCCAAAUUCGAAAGAUCUGAGAUGAAGAAAAUCUGGGUCAAACGAGGGAAGGUGACAACGAAACACACCAAAAAGUCGAAGAUACCCUCGCUGAUCGUUUCAGAGAGCCACCAUGCAAGGAUUCCUGGAAUGUCAGUUGCAUCUUCGUCCUUUUUGAUCCUUUUUGCCGUAUUGAAAGGAAAUGAUAGAGAAACACAUCGUCUGGAGAUGGAUGAGAUCCCUGAGCAUGAGGACUUUGGGGGGAUGGACAUCGAUGAGGCAGACAGAGGAGAUUUUGACGAAGGGGAGGAUGCUGAGGACUUAGACUCAGAGUGUGGCGAUUUUUUGGGGGGAAUGACGGACAGCAUGGUGGGAGCGGAAAGUGACGGUGUUGGAGAAGACUGGAUGCAAGAUGGUGAUUUCGCUCCUGCACGAAAUUCCACGGACUUUGAGGGGGGAGUGACGGACGGCAUGGUGGGAGCGGAAAGUGAUGGGCUUAGGGAAGACUGGAUGCAGGAUAAUUUCGCUCCUGUGCGAAAUUCCACAGACUUUGAGGGGGGAGAAUUUGAAGCGUCAAUCAAUGACAGCUCUCAGAACAAUCUAAACCCUGAAAGUGGCAGUGAGAACAGUGGCGAAAAGGAAAGUGGCACGAAAGCAACAUCACAUACUGAUGAGAUGUUUCCCACUGAGGUUGCCGAGCCACCAGAAGUUGAAGAUCCUGAGGAGGAGUCAGGGCGGUCAAAGCGCAAAGGUGUCCCUCGAAAAGGAGAAGACCGUGACGCACUGGACAGUUGCCUUUGCGGAAUAGUCCUCAACGGCUCAGAGGACGAGGUCCUCAAAUGCAAACAAGCUGGUUGCGAGACCCAGUGGUUCCAUCUAAAAUGUGUUGAAAUUGUGCAAGCACCCCGGAAUUGGGUCUGCGUGGCUUGUGCGGCUUCUGGGAGAGGGCGCGGGGGGAAGCGCUCAUGCAGAUGA